GCACGCUCUGCGCUUUUGCGGUGGAUCGUAGCCAUUGGAGCAGAGGUGCGAGGCGGCUGAGAAGGCCUCUUGCCCUGAGGUGGCUGCUGCCCACAAGAGGCGGGCAGAAGGGAGGCCCCACCGCGCGCCAGUUUUUUUUUUUUUUUUUUUCUCAGCAGCGAGGCUGACGCGGCUCCUUUAAGAGCCGCAGGUCUAUGGAAAUGAGCCUCGCAGAGCUGCUGCCGCAGCGGAGGCGAGCCGGGCUUGCUUGGCAGGCGGCUAGACCUUAGCUGGCUGCGGCGGGAGAGAGCAGGCGGCGGCGGCGGCGGCGGCGGACCUGCUCGGGCUCAUCGGGAGAACCCGGCGGGGAGAGCCCGUCGGCCCGGAUCUCCCAUUUGGCAUGAAGCGCAAUUGCUGAUCGCUGGACGGACAAAACGAAAACCGGACUGCGGGCGGUGGGAGAUGGGCGGCGGCGGCGGUGGCGGCGCCCCCGGCCGGGCUGUGCUGCUACUGCUGGCGCUGGGGAUCCCCCGUUCCCGCGCCGACGGCCCCGAACCGCCCCCUCUCUGCGCCCCCUUCAGGGACCCUCGGCUGCCUGAGCGGCCGCUGUCACCACCGGGCGAACCGGCCGCUUGCGCCGAGCCGCCGCCGCUGUGGCUUUGCCGGGUUUCGCGUCCGGCCCGCGGCCUCUGGGCGCACCUGCUGGGGCCGCCGUGCGAUGGUGCUUCGGCGGCGGCGGCGGCGGCGGCGGCGGGCGAGGAUGGAGAGCUGUUGCUGUUAAGCCACCUUCUCUUGGCCCCGGUUCCGGCCGGCCGAUUCCGCAGAGGGCGAAGCCGGACUCUGUGCUUGAAACCGGGCACCCACAUUCCUUUGCCGCCCGCUAGCUCGCGGGGCGGCUGCCAGCUAAGGUGCGCGGUGCGAGGCGGCGGCGAAGGCGACGUUAGAGACAAGCGUGGGCCGUUGCAUCCCCGGGGAGAACUGAUACUGCCCCCACGAACCCUGUGUCUCCGGCCGGGACGCCCAUUACGGUUGGGGCUGUCGUGCCAACUCUGCGAUGAGAAGAAGGAGAUCUCAGUCCACUGGCUCCUGGCUGUGGGCUCCUCGCAGCAGGAGAUGGAGAAGCUGUGGCCCUCGGAGGGGUGCGGUUGCCAAGGAGAGGGGGGUAGCAGAAGGAAGCGGGAUGUGAACACCGGCCCCCAGUUCCAGAUGCCCACCUACCAAGUAUCAGUGCCGGAGAACAGACCAGCAGGCACACCUGUGAUCUUGCUGAGGGCCAUGGACCCUGAUGAGGGGGACGCGGGCCGAUUGGACUACUCCAUGGAUGCCCUCUUUGACAGCCGCUCCAACAGCUUCUUUGCCAUUGAUCCCCAGACAGGAGCCGUGACCACAGCUGAAGAGCUGGAUCGAGAAACCAAAAGCACCCAUGUGUUCCGGGUGACGGCAACAGACCACGGCAUACCGCGUCGCACAGCGCUGGCCACACUCACAAUCACUGUCAGUGACACCAACGAUCACGAUCCUGUGUUUGAGCAGCAGGAGUAUAAGGAGAGCAUGCGGGAGAACCUUGAGGUCGGCUACGAAGUGUUGACGGUGAGAGCAACCGAUGGCGAUGCAAGCCCCAAUGCCAACAUCCUGUACCGCAUCUUGAACGGGAACGGGGUCAACAGGAUCUUUGAGAUUGACCCCAAGUCUGGAGUCAUCCGCACCAAUGGCCUUGUGGACAGAGAAGCUGUGGAAUCCUAUCAGCUGAUAGUGGAGGCCAAUGACCAGGGCCGAGACCCAGGAGCACGCAGCAGCACGGCCACAAUUCAUAUUACAGUGGAGGAUGACAAUGACAACUCACCGCAGUUCAGUGAGAAACGUUAUGUUGUACAGGUACCCGAGAAUGUUGCUUCAAACACCCACAUCCUGCAGGUAAAUGCCACAGACAGGGACAAAGGCAGCAAUGCUAUGGUGCAUUAUAGCAUAAUGAGUGGCAACACUCGGGGACAAUUUUACAUAGAUGCCCAAAUAGGUAAUAUUGAUGUAGUCAGCCAGCUUGAUUAUGAGAUGAAUAAGGAAUACACUCUUCGCAUUAGGGCCCAAGAUGGAGGAAGGCCGCCCCUUUCCAACAUCAGUGGGCUGGUGACCAUCCAGGUACUGGAUGUGAAUGACAAUGCCCCUAUCUUUGUUAGCACCCCUUUCCAGUCCACAGUGUUGGAAAAUGUACCUGUGGGCUAUUCUGUUAUUCACAUCCAAGCCAUUGAUGCAGAUUCUGGGGAGAAUGCCCGACUUGAAUAUGCUCUGGUUGAUAUGAGUCCCGGUUUCCCUUUUACUAUCAAUAACAACACAGGCUGGAUUGUAGUGGCUUCUGGUUUGGAUCGUGAAGCUGUGGACUUCUAUAAAUUUGGGGUUGAGGCCAGAGAUCAUGGUAACCCUCCAAUGACUUCUUCAGCAAGUGUUAGUAUUACUGUUCUGGAUGUCAACGAUAACAAUCCUGAAUUCACGCAAAGGGAAUAUACCAUGCGUCUCAAUGAAGAUGCAGCGGUGGGUACCAGUGUUCUUAUUGUCUCAGCCAUUGAUCGGGAUGUCAACAGUGUCAUCACCUACCAGAUCACGAAUGGGAAUACUCGCAAUCGCUUCUCCAUCACCAGCCAGAGUGGUGGUGGUCUCAUCACUCUGGCCCUACCCUUGGAUUAUAAAUUAGAGCGGCAGUACCUUCUUACAAUCACAGCUUCUGAUGGCACUCGGUUUGACACAGCUCAGGUCUUUGUUAAUGUAACUGAUGCUAAUACACAUCGACCGGUGUUCCAGAGUUCCCAUUACACUGUUAACAUCAAUGAGGACAGUCCAGUGGGUACCACCGUAGUUAUUAUCAGUGCUACGGAUGAAGAUACAGGGGAGAAUGCUCGCAUCACUUACUUCAUGGAGGACAGUAUUCCUCAGUUCAAAAUUGAUAUAGAUACUGGUGCUGUGACAACUCAGAUGGAAUUGGAUUAUGAAGACCAAGUAUCCUAUACUUUGGCAAUUACAGCUCGUGACAAUGGCAUCCCACAGAAAUCAGAUACCACCUAUCUAGAAAUACUAGUUAAUGAUGUAAAUGACAAUGCACCUCAGUUUUUAAGGGAUAAUUACCAAGGAUCUGUCUAUGAGGAUGUACCUGGUUUCACAAGUGUCCUACAGGUUUCUGCUACAGAUAGAGAUUCUGGGAUGAAUGGGAGAGUGUUCUAUACCUUUCAGGGUGGAGAUGAUGGUGAUGGAGACUUCAUAAUUGAAACCACCUCUGGUAUUGUUAGGACGUUGCGUAGACUGGACAGGGAAAAUGUUCCACUCUAUGAGCUUAGAGCAUAUGCAGUUGAUAAAGGAGUACCGGCCAUGAGGACUCCAAUUGAUGUCCAUAUCACUAUUCUUGAUGUCAAUGACAACCCCCCUGUCUUUGAACAUGAUGAGUUUGACAUCUUUGUGGAAGAAAAUAGUCCAAUAGGCUUAGUGGUGUCCCGAAUCACUGCCAGUGAUCCAGAUGAGGGUACCAAUGCUCAAAUUAUGUAUCAGAUAGUGGAAGGUAAUAUUCCGGAGGUCUUCCAACUUGAUAUCUUCUCAGGAGAGUUGACAGCAUUGAUGGAUUUGGAUUAUGAGACCAAGUCUGAGUAUGUCAUAGUAGUCCAAGCUACUUCAGCUCCACUGGUAAGCCGGGCUACUGUGCAUGUUCGUUUACUGGAUAGGAAUGACAAUGUCCCAGUCUUGAAGAACUUUGAGAUCAUAUUCAAUAACUACAUCACCAACAAGUCCAGCAGUUUCCCCACUGGAGUGAUUGGCAGGAUCCCAGCUUAUGAUCCUGAUGUUUCUGAUAGUCUUACAUACAGUUUUGAGCAAGGCAAUGAAUUGAAACUUGUUCUCUUGAACCACAGUACUGGAGAACUACGUUUGAGCAGGGCCCUGGAUAACAAUAGACCUUUGGAGGCAACCAUGAGAAUUUCUGUAACAGAUGGGAUCCACAGUGUUGCUGCCCAAUGCAUGCUUCAGGUGACCAUUAUCACAGAUGAGAUGCUGACCAACAGUAUCACUUUGCGGCUGGAGAACAUGUCCCAAGAACGCUUCCUUUCACCACUGCUGGCUCUCUUUCUUGAAGGAGUAGCAACUGUGCUAUCCGCUCCCCGUGAUCAUGUUGUCCUUUUCAACAUCCAGAAUGACACGGAUGUUCAGGCUGCCCAAAUCCUGAAUGUUAGUCUGUCAGUACAAUUGCCUGAUAGAGUCCAUGGCAGCCAUUAUAUUCCUUCAGAAGACCUCCAAGAACGAUUGUACCUCAACCGGACACUCUUGGCUGCUAUUACGGAGCAGAGGGUCUUGCCUUUUGAUGAUAACAUUUGUUUGCGGGAACCUUGUGAGAAUUAUAUGCGCUGUGUCUCAGUGUUGAAGUUUGACAGCUCAGCACCCUUCAUUUCCUCCGACACUAUACUUUUCCGUCCUAUCCACCCUGUCAAUGGUUUGCGUUGCCGUUGCCCACUGGGUUUUACUGGUGAUUAUUGUGAAACUGAGAUUGAUCUUUGCUACUCCAAUCCAUGUGGAAAUAAUGGUCAUUGCCAAAGCCGGGAAGGAGGAUAUACUUGUGAGUGCCAAGAGGGCUAUACUGGAGAGAACUGUGAAGUGAAUUCCCGGUUGGGCCGCUGUACCCCUGGUGUCUGCAAGAAUGGUGGCACCUGUGUCAACCUGCUGGUGGGUGGUUUCAAGUGUGACUGCCUUUCUGGAGACUAUGAGAAGCCGUACUGUCAGAUGAAUACCCGUAGUUUCCCGGGCCACUCCUUUCUUACUUUUAAGGGGCUGCGCCAACGCUUCCAUUUCACCAUUGUUCUCACGUUUGCCACUAAGGAACGGGAUGGCCUUCUCCUCUACAAUGGGCGUUUCAAUGAACGGCAUGAUUUUGUUGCAUUGGAAAUCGUUCAAGAGCAAGUUCAACUUACUUUCUCAGCAGGAGAAACCACAAGCACGGUUGCCCCAUUCAUCCCAGGAGGUGUGAGCGAUGGACAGUGGCACACUGUCCACCUGCACUAUUAUAACAAGCCUGUCGUGGGGACGUCUGGAAUUCCACAGGGGCCUUCAGAUGAGAAAGUAGCUGUGGUGACAGUAGAUGACUGUGAUACUUCAGUGGCCUUGAAAUUUGGCUCUAUUCUAGGAAACUAUUCCUGUUCAGCUCAAGGGACACAAUCAGGCACAAAGAAAUCCUUGGAUUUGACAGGUCCUUUGUUACUGGGUGGCAUUCCUGACCUUCCUGAGAGUUUCCCAGUACGGAACCGGCAUUUUAUAGGUUGCAUGAGAGACUUCCUGAUCGAUAAUCAAGAUAUAGACCUGGCUGACUUCAUUGCAAAUAAUGGAACUUUGCCUGGCUGUUCUGCCAAGAAGAAUUUUUGUGAUAGCAGCACAUGCCAUAAUGGUGGAACUUGUGUCAACCAGUGGAAUACUUUCACCUGUGAAUGCCCCCUGGGUUUUGGAGGCAAGGACUGCAAACAAGACAUGGCAAGUCCUCAGCGUUUCUUGGGCAACAGUAUGGUGAUCUGGAGUAAUUUGGCAUUGAUCAUCACGCUUCCAUGGCAUAUUGGACUUAUGUUUCGUACCAGGCAGAGCAACGGUGUCCUCCUCCGUGCUGCAGCAGGGCAGCAUUCUACCAUAACUCUUUGGUUAAAUGAAGGUACAGUGCUGAUGACCGUGUACCGAGCCAACAGCCAAAUUUCAGCAUUGAGGCUACACCAGGUGAAAGUGAAUGAUGGUGACUGGCAUCACCUACAAUUGGAGCUGCAUAGCAGCUGGGACAAUCCAGAAGCCCAGUGGUUAGCCAUAAUGGCUUUUGAUUAUGGUUUGCACCAGGUGAUGGCCAAUAUUAGUAGUGAACUUCGUGGACUAAAAAUGCGGAAUUUGAGUAUCGGUGCUAUACUGGGGGAGAAGGGAAACCUGCAGCAUGGAUUCCGUGGCUGCAUGCAGGGUGUAAGGAUGGGAGACACCUCAGGCAAUGCUGUCACCCUGAAUGUAAACCAGGCUGAGAAAGUGAAUGUGGAGCAUGGCUGCAGUAUCCCCGAUCCUUGUGACUCCAAUCCUUGUCCUCUCAAUAGCUACUGCAAUGAUGAUUGGGAUAGUUAUUCAUGCAGUUGUGAUCCAGGUUACUAUGGAGACAGCUGUUCCAAUGCCUGUACCUUUAACCCCUGUGAGCAUCAAGCCAUUUGUGUCCGCAAACCCAGCUCAUCCCAUGGCUACACCUGUGAGUGUCCUGACAGCUACUUCGGGCCAUACUGCGAGAACAAGUUAGCCCAGCCUUGUCCGCGGGGAUGGUGGGGGCAUCCUAUAUGUGGCCCCUGCAACUGUGAUGUUGAUAAAGGAUUUGACCCCGACUGCAACAAAACUAAUGGAGAAUGCCACUGCAAGGACAAUCACUACCGUCCAGCAGAUAGUGCCACAUGUUUCCUCUGUGACUGCUACCAUACCGGCUCAUUAUCUCGCACCUGUGAAGCUGAGACUGGGCAGUGUUCCUGCAAGCCAGGUGUCAUUGGACGCCGCUGUGACCGCUGUGACAAUCCUUUUGCAGAAGUUACCAUCAGUGGCUGUGAAGUGAAUUACGAUAGUUGCCCACGUGCCAUUGAAGCUGAUAUUUGGUGGCCACGCACCCGCUUUGGUUUACCUGCAGCUGCACCUUGCCCUCGGGGAUCUGUAGGGACUGCUGUACGGCACUGUGAUGAACACAAGGGCUGGCUGGCACCCAAUCUUUUCAACUGUACCUCACUGACUUUUGCUGUUCUCAAGGAUUUUGCAGAAAAAUUGCUGCGGAAUGAAUCCUUUUUGGAUACAGAGCAGUCUCAGCGGGUAGCUCUCCAGCUUCGCAACGCUACACAAAACACCGAGAAUUUCUUUGGCAGUGAUGUCAAAGUGGCUUUUCAGCUCUUAGCUCAACUUUUGAAGCAUGAAAGCAACCAAGAAGGCUUUGGCUUGGCUGCUACCCAGGAUGUUCACUUCACUGAGAAUUUGCUUAAGGUAGGCAGUGCUUUACUGGACAACAGCAACAAGCAUCAUUGGGAACUGAUCCAACAGACAGAAGGUGGCACAGCACAGCUGCUCAGGCACUUUGAGGACUAUGCAAGCACUCUGGCCCAGAACAUGCGCAAGACAUACUUGAACCCAUUUACCAUCAUCACACCCAACAUUGUUAUUUCGGUGGUGAGGCUAGAGAAAAUGAACUUUGCUGGUGCCAAACUGCCCCACUACGAGACACUCCGUGGUGAGAAACCAGCCGACAUAGAAACUACUGUCAUUCUGCCUGAAAGUGUAUUCAAGGCUCCAGAAGGCAAACAAUCUUCUGUGGCCAGUGCCAAGCAUUUGCCAGGCACCAAUGAGGAAGAAGAACAUGCCCUUAUGACAAGACAGAAGAGACAUCCAGAUCUAAGUGAGGGCCAGGCGAUUGCCAGUGUGAUCAUCUACCGCAACCUGGCAAGUCUGCUUCCAGAGCAGUAUGACACAGAUAAAAGGAGUCUAAGAGUCCCCAAGCGUCCCAUCAUCAACACUCCAGUGGUGAGCAUCAGCAUCCAUGACAACGAUGCAUUGAUGCAACGUGCCCUUGAGAAACCCAUCACUGUGCAAUUUCGGAUGUUGGAAACUGAGGAACGGACCAAGCCUAUUUGUGUCUUCUGGAACCACUCCAUCCUGGUCACUGGGACUGGUGGCUGGUCAGCUAAAGGCUGUGAGGUUGUCUUCAGGAAUGAAACUCAUGUCAGCUGCCAGUGUAAUCAUAUGACAAGCUUUGCUGUGCUGAUGGACAUUUCCCGCAGAGAGAAUGGUGAGAUCCUACCCCUGAAGACGAUCACAUAUAUCUCCAUUGCUGUGACACUGGGCAGUCUCCUGCUUACUUUCUUCUUCCUGGCUGGAUUGCGAACUCUGCGAUCCAAUCAACAAAGCAUCCGCAAGAACCUAGUGAUUGCGUUAUUUUUUUCUGAACUUGUCUUCCUACUGGGCAUCAACCAGGCUGAUCUGCCAUUUGCCUGUACCGUCAUUGCCAUCCUGUUGCACUUUCUGUACAUGUGUGCCUUUGCCUGGGCACUGCUAGAAGCAUUGCAUAUUUACCGCAUGCUGAGUGAAGUGCGAGACAUCAACCAUGGCCCAAUGCGCUUCUAUUAUAUGGUCGGAUGGGGUGUGCCAGCAUUCAUCACAGGACUUGCUGUGGGCCUGGAUCCUGAAGGAUAUGGGAACCCAGACUUUUGUUGGCUCUCCAUCUAUGAUACCCUGAUUUGGAGCUUUGCUGGUCCCAUUGCUUUUGCUGUUGCAAUGAGUGUCUUCCUCUAUGUCCUGGCCACCAAGGCCACUUGCGCGGCUCAACAGCAAGGUUUUGAGAAGAAGGGGACAGUCUCUGGUCUACGGUCGGGCUUCAUCUCUCUGCUGAUCAUGAGUGUCACCUGGUUGCUGGCUCUGCUGUCCAUCAACAGUGAUGCCAUCCUCUUCCACUAUCUCUUUGUGGGCUUCAACUGCUUCCAGGGACCCUUAAUCUUUCUCCUCUGUAUCAUCUUAUCUAAAGAAGUGAGGAAGGCUCUCAGAUCUAUUUGUGGGAAGAAGCACAACACUGAUCCUACGCUCACUACCAAAUCUACCUUGACAGCAGCUUAUAUUUGCAACAAUACCUACGUGGAUGGGCAAUUGUACCAUACACCAUUUGGGGACUCCACUGGUUCCUUGCAUAGCACUGUCCGCUCAGGCAAGAGUCAGCACAGCUACAUCCCUUUUGUGCUCAGGGAGGAGUCUGGCUUGAACAAUAGCCAGGUACACAUUGGGCCUGCAGAUCCCAGUUCUUUGUUCUUGGAAGAUAAGGAUCAGAACAAUGAACGUGAUACUGAUUCAGACAGUGACCUUUCCAUGGAAGAUGACCAGAGUGGUUCCUUUGCUUCCACCCAUUCCUCUGACAGUGAAGAGGAUGAAGAAUUUCCCAAGGAACCUUGCUGGGAGAACUUACUGUGUCCUAACAAUGAGAAGCUGCCAGCACUCAGCACUCCAAAGGUAGAUAACAUCUCUGGACCUGGAAAACCUUAUUGGCCGGGUGACUUUGUAACCACUGCCAGUGAGAGCGAUGGCCACCCUGGCUCAGAGUCGCUGCGGGUAGAACCAAUGGGUAAGAAUGACCGGCUGGGACUGACAGAGGAGUUGGCCAGAGAGAAUGGAGAGGGCAUCUUGGGCUCACUGCCUCACCCCACUGCUCAGCCCCAGAAAGGCAUUUUAAAGAAAAAAUACCUGCCACCCAUCAGUGAGAAGAGCAGCAUCCAGCGUAUCCAUAACAAGCUCUCCAGCUGCCGCUCAGGGAUGGUAUCAUUGCAUGGUUCUUCGGGGAGCGAUGGCAGCCGUGGGGGUGGGGUACCACGACCCCGACAGACGCUACAGGAGCAGCUCAAUGGCCUUACACCUAUCACCAUGAGCAUAAAGACUGGCACAGUGGAUGAGGACUCUUCAGGCUCCGAAUUUCUGUUUUUUAAUUUCCUCCAUUAACACACGAGCCCCAGGGGGGGUGCUUUGCUCAAACCUGCUCAUGACCACACUCAUGUGUUUGUGUUCCCCCUGUCCUGUCUCGCUUUGUGUUUGAUCACUGAGCAGGAGCGAUGAAACCUCAAUCUGAUGUCGCAUGCACCAGACUCUCUCUGUCUCUCACACACGUUUGGCCAGUCUGGGAGCCAGGAUUGCUCUCAAACCACAGCGAGGAAUGUUGUCUCCGUCAGCCCGGCCUGGCCCAGGGAGCUGGACCCACUGUAUGUAGUGCCAAAUGAAAAGUGACCUGCCCCCCCACCCCCUGGGGGGAACAGCAGGUUCCAGGAGGCGGACCUUGUCGAACAGAUGCACUUUGGAUCAUUCUAAAAUGGACUGAAAGAACAUAAACUUAACCACCUCCACGUCUUCAGGGAUUUUCAUGCUUUGUUGCCCAGUCUGGAAGUGCUGCGUGUCUGGAAUAUAUAUAUUUUUUUCUUUAUCAAAAUUGGUCUGGGGGAGCCUCAGCAGCCACCAUGUGGACAUGUAUUACUGUGCAGAUGUUUUCAUUGAAUAUUUGACAAUGGGGUGGAGCUAGGGGCCACUGUGCUUGAAGAUGGCUGCAAUUAGGAGCCGCCAAGAACUGUAUGUUUUGACUCAAGUAACAAACCAGGAUAGGCCCAGUUUUGGAGGACACCAUCCUGGGCUUCUCCUAGGACGGAGGGAAAUAGCACCUUUUAAAUGGAAGCUGGAGGGUGUAGCAGACCUGGCUGUGCAGGGGACGCAUGUGAGACCUACUGUAUGCUCGAUAUUCCUUAAGAACCACAGCUGGCUUUGCAUUGAAUCUGGAGGGCACAACCCAGAGCCUCCCUCUGCAGUAUAUGUGCAUCCACCAGCCAUGGUCAUGCUUUUUUCCUGAUCCAGCAGCGUGCAUCUAAACACACCUUCCAAGGUGCAAUUGAAGCAUAUUUAAUCCAGGGUGCACUUCAAUCUCGGGCUCUCUGGCACGCACAGAAAAUGGGAAUCUGACAUCUUGGUUUUGCCAUACUAAGCAAUUAUAGAAUAGGAAAGAAAUUCAUCAUCCAAAUAGCUUUUCCAGAAUGCUGUAUAAGUACAUUGCUGUUCUGCAGAGCAGCACUAGUUCCACCUGCACUUUUCUGGCCUAAGGAAAGUUUUUUAAAAAAAUGUUGAAAGAGUAGGCUUGUUCCAGACCUACUAGCCAUUUCCCCAGGAUGUUCAUCACCAUCACGCUGCCUACAUUCAUGGACUGUACAGAUUAGCGUCAGCUGUGGAUCUUGUUCUUCUCUGGCAAGUUGCUUACUCCAGCCUUGGUGCUUCAGAUUGCAGUGGGAUCAGGGACACAGGACCAGCAUAUCCACUGGCAUCAAUGGAAACGUUCUUCCUUGGAUCACAGUUACUUUCAAACUGCUUUGUUUGACAGCCACUUCUCCAAGCUCAGCUCACCAUUCCAGUAACUUGGCCCCAUCAGAAUGCUCCAAGAGGCAGCCCAUAAGGUGUUGAGCACCACGGGUGUGGCCUGCUGAGCCAUCAGUCCAUGCUGCAAUUAUUUUCGUAGAAAAUGACAAAAAGAAAAAAGUCCCACCUCCCGCUCCUCCCAGCCAAUCAGCACGUGUCCCCCCUGUUGCUACUGUGGCUGGAGCAGGAACGCUGCCUUGAUGUCUCCCAAAAGCGCCUGGCUCUCAUGCCAACAGGUUGCUGCCUUUCUGCCUCAGAAGCCUUCAUUUUUUUCUACACUCAGCCAAGUCCUGAUGCCUGCUCAUAAUGGGGAUUUUCAUGUCGGUCCUUUUGGAAAGUACUUUUUUUAUAACGACGUUCACCGGGAAAGAGACUUUUCUGCUGAGGGAGAGUGGGAAGGGGGGGACAGCUUGGGGAGGGUGAAGGCACUGUUACUUUGACGUGUUUUGAUUUUUGUUUUUUCAUUUGACCAUUGCUGAAGGAUGUUCUAAUUUAAAUAGCUGAAAAACCCUUGGGGGUCAUGCUUUAUAGCAAUGUUAAAUCUUGUUAGCUGGGUGCAGAAUCUGAUGCGCUUUAUUGACUUAGCCAAGGUUUGCACAAUAAGAGGUUAAUUGGGACUUGACUGUUGUCAUGGCCUGGCUUGUCAAAGAAAGGAGUUCUGAAAAUGAGGCUUUUCUUUUCAACACCUCCAGUAAUAUUGUCCAUUACUGUUUAGCCUUUUGUGGCCUCUGUACUUGCCAAUUCCAAAACCUUUCUUGGAAUGUUUUGACACAUAGAAUGUGAUUCUCUGAAAUCUGUAUAAGGUCAAAUUGGCAUGGCAGUGGCAUCUACAACGCUAAGUAGAUCUACGACAACUCACCACGACCAAAUCGCCAUGGGAUAAUUUGCCAUGGCCAACUCGCCAAGGGACAAUUCGCUGCGGGACAAGAGUUACAUUAAUAUCGAAGAAAUGGUGGAAUAGAAUCAUUAAAGAAAGGAUGCCAAAGGAGGGACAAAAUGAAAUGUGAAUGAUGAAACUUAAAAUAUUUUUUUAAUUAUUUUAAAUAAUUAAAUUGAAUUGUUGAAUUGUCCUGCAGCGAGUUGGCCAUAGCGAGUUGGCCAUGGCAAGUUGGCCGUGGUGAGUUGUCCCAUUCCAGUAGGUCGCAGGGGAUGAAGACCAGCCUCUUCAGCGUAUGAUCUACUACUGUGUUAUUUCCAUUGAGUGUUCCUUCUGAACCAUUUGACUUUAGCUGGUUAAGCGAAAGGAGACACAACCCCCACCCACCCCCAUCCAAAAAAAGUCUGUACAAAAGAAGAGCCAUUUGCCCAAGCUCCACCUGGAGCCUGUAUUGCUGUUGUCUUCAACACCAUUUUGGUCAAUUCCUGCUGCUCGUACUGAAGCAAACUGGAGAUACAUAUGGAAAUAAAAUUCAACUAGGCAGGAAUCCCUUUGGCUUCCUAAUAUAUGGCUUGUUGCAGUUACUGCAGCAAGAAGGAAUAUUUAAACCCGGAGGACUUCCCAUGUUGCCCUGGAAGCAUUUUCCCUCAUGACUUGACUCAUAGGUGAAUGCAAAAUGGUAAGUGAUUGCCAAAUUCAGGCAAUGGGACACACUUUUGGCUAUCCCAUAUCUAUAAUGGCUUUCCUCAGCCCUCUGCUGUUCAGAUGUGUCUGAGCUACAAGUCCCAUUAUCCAGAACCAGUAUGAUCCAUUAGUCAUGCAAAUUAGGGUUUGUUGAAUGUAGUCCAAUGUCUCUGAAAGGCAUUGCUUGGGGAAGGCCAACUUGAAAUGCAAAGGUAUUAGAGUAAGCAGAUCAGAUGAAAAAUUCACUAGGACAGGAGGCCUAGUUACAGUUCUAGGUAUCCCUGACCCAGAUGAUCAAAGCUGGGAAUUAUUAGCUGUAUUUGCAGGACUACACAUGUCUUACUCCUGGACACGGAGAGGCAAACCAAAAAGGCUCCCUUUUAAAUUGCCACUUAUUAAGGUAGAGGCUAGUUUAUUCCUGAAUAUCUUUAUUUUGUUUUGGUAUGCUGAACAAAGGUUGGAAGGAAAGAUCAAUGGCUACUCUACAGUGUCUUCCAUAAAGCCCCAUUCCUUCAUAAAAACAUGACAAUUAUAUUCUUCUCCAAGCAACAUUGCAUUAUAUUUUAUGUCAGGGCUCCAUUAAGGCAGCUAUCAAACAAAUGAAGCCUUGGGAAUUUUUCCUUAUUGGAAACAUCUUCACUUACCUACAUUUUGGCUUCUCUGAAACCAUUCGCAGUAUUAGAUUUCUACCAGACAAAAGCACUGGUUACCUGCUCCAUCACCCCAGUCCCAAGUACCUCUAAAUGCUGAGUUUUUAGACUGUACGUCAAAUGCACAAACUAGCCUACAAUAACUUCCUAUGCAAAAUCUUUCUUAUAUGGCAAAUCCAUUAAUUGAAACAAACUUGAAAGCAGUGGUACGAAAGGAUUCAAACUAAGCUCUCUACAGCAGCAGUGACUUCCAGGGAAAAGAGUUGAUCCACCUGUUCCUGUGCCAGGUGGGACGGAAUUGGAGGGGAAAGGUGUGCCACUCCAUUCAUGACCAAGGAAGUGUUAAACCUUAACUGUAUUAAAGACUGAGAAACUGUCUUGUAUGGGGAGCUUGAUGUGAAGAGUUCAGCUUCUGCUUCAUCACUGCAGCCAAUUAAUUUUUUAGUGUCCCUCUGCUGUCUAUAAAGAGCUAAUUAGCUGUUUUAACUGUGGAAAGGAUGUAUUUGACAUGUCUGCUUUUUAAUUUAUUAUUUUUUAAAGAUGUAUAUGCAUAUAUUUACAACUGAGCACACCUUUCAUUUCCUAGGCAAUAAAUCGCCACCGCCAUUGUCCAGAUCUAAACAUAUGCCAUUGUAGGUUCAAGGUUCUUGUCUUCUAGUGCGAAUUCCCAUUGAUCCAAUCCAUUCUUUUCCUCUUCGCUAGCUAGUAAAGUCAUUUCCAGCAGAACUCAGCUACAGCCAUGUACAGUUGUUUCCAUAGUCUUGAGUAGCUGUGAUGCAUGCAGAAAUUCAAGAAAUAAAUGCUUUCGUGUCACAGCCUCAUCUACUGAAUUGGAAAUAGUAGUCUUUGAAUUUCUGCUUGACAAGCAACUGUUGAAGUUGGUGGAAUAGGGCCAAGGAAACAAACCUUACUUUUUCUUAAAAAACCCAGUUUGGUGAGAGAGGAAAGCACAGGAAGAGUUCUGAUGAUUUAAUUUUUUGGGAGGAACAAACUGUUUUCUUAAUACUUGGUGGGUUACAGGCUUUUCCUUUGGUUUAGAUAUCUCAAGUGUAUAGGGAGGGUUCUUAAUGUAAAUAUAACAGAGUUCACCCCUUUUCCUAAAUAAUAAAACCAUAGUUUUGUGUA